CCAGAGGCACCGAGUGAUAUCCACACGACCACACCCAUAGCUAACAGUCUGUCUUACGCUGUUACACACGUACGUAUAGCUAGCUUGCACAAGAUGAAGCUUCAGCAGGUAGCCGCACUUCUGCUGGCCCUUGCUGCGUCGGCCAGCGCCGUGACGUUCGACGCAUCCAACACGGCGUCGAGCACUGCAGGAGGGCAGCGGUUCAACCAGGCCGUCGGCCUCGAUUACUCGAAGCAGGUCCUCUCAGACGCCUCCACCUUCAUCUGGACCACCUUCAACCAGCGUUCCACCGCUAACCGCAAGCCGGUGGACGCCGUGACCCUCGUCGUGGAGAACAUCGACGGCGUCGCCUUCGCCAGCAACAACAGGAUCCACCUCAGCUCCAAGUAUGUCGGCGGCUACUCCGGCAAUGUGAAGGCCGAGGUCACCGGCGUGCUGUACCACGAGGCAACGCACGUGUGGCAGUGGAACGGGCAAGGGAAGGCCAACGGCGGGCUCAUCGAGGGGAUCGCCGACUACGUGCGGCUCAAGGCAGGCUUCGCACCGGCGCACUGGCGGAAGGCCGGCGAGGGCGACCGGUGGGAUCAGGGGUAUGAUGUGACGGCGAGGUUCCUCGACUACUGCGAUUCGCUCAAGCCAGGGUUUGUCGCGGAAUUAAACGGCAAGAUGAAGGGUGGGUACACCGACGAUUUCUUCGCGCAGAUUCUCGGUAAGAGCGUGCAGCAGCUGUGGAAGGAUUACAAGGCCAAGUACGGAGGCUGAAUAGUUUACUGAUUCAUAAUAAGUAUAACAAGUGUCUUGAAUCUAAUACAAAAUUAUUACGGAUUGGAUGGACUAUAUUAUUCAUGCACUGUUUGAUGUAAUAAUUAAGAGACUGUACUGAAACGAUCAAAAAGACAGAUGUUUACAUCUGUAUCUUUUAUUGAAAAAGGAUGAAAUGGUACAAAUAAACGAUUCUCCUA